AUGAACUUGUCCGGACGCACGCGAAGGUCCGGGCCAUCCAGCGUUCGGUCGUCAAACGAGGUCAAGCAAGUUCAACUUCACGAAGAGCAAGCCAAGGCCAGCCAAGGCAAGCCGAGGCAAGCCAAGGCAAGUCAAGGCAAGUCAAGGCAAGCCAAGGCAAGCCGAGGCAAGCCGAGGCAAGCUGAGGUUGGCCAAGGCAAGCCAAGGCAAGCCAAGGCAAGCCGAGUCAGGCCAAGGCAAGCCAAGGCAAGCCAAGGCAAGCCAAGGCAAGCCAAGGCAAGCCAAGGCAAGCCAAAGCAAGCCAAGGCAAGUCAAGGCAAGUCAAGGCAAGCCAAGGCAAGCCGAGGCAAGCCGAGGCAAGCUGAGGUAGGCCAAGGCAAGCCAAGGCAAGCCAAGGCAAGCCAAGGCAAGCCGAGUCAGGCCAAGGCAGGCCAAGGCAAGCCAAGGCAAGCCAAGGCAAGUCAAGGCAAGCCAAGGCAAGCCGAGGCAAGCCAAGGCAAGCCGAGGCAAGCCGAGGCAAGCCAAGGCAAGCUGGGGCAAACCAAGACAAACCAAGGCAAACCAAGGCAAGCUGAGACAAGCUGA